UUAGUUUCCCUUUGGAAUUAAUAAAGUGGUUUUAAAUUAGAAUUGAAUUUGAAAAAAAAAAAAACUCCAUGGAACAAGUGUGAAUAGUAAUCUGAACUUUAUUGAACUUUCACAAAUCAAAUAAAGGUUUAAUAAAUCCCAAACAUGGUUUUAAAUAUUCUGCUAUUAGAGCAGAAUAAUCCAGUCCAGGUUUCUGGACAUCGAGCGCCAGGAACAUCGCAGCCUCUUUGGAACCAGGCCCAGCUGUUUACCCGUUCAAAAGGGCUCCAUAGAGGUUUACUGUUUGGUUCUGGUUCCGGAUGUGAAUCGAUGUUAGUUCUGCUCAGUUCUGGAGAGGUCCGGCUCUGAUCAGAACUUUUGGUUCAACCGGUUCAUUGGCUUGAGUGUCGACCCAAAUGGUCUCAGGUUCUUGGUUCUGGCCCAGAAUGGCGUCUCUCCUGUCCGUCCCUCCAGGUGUCAUGGAGUCCGCAGAGAGCAGGUACGCCCACCUGCUGCAGCCAAUCAGAGAGCUCACCAGGAACUGGGAGAUCGAUGUGGCAUCAGAGCUCAACGACUACCUGGAGGAGCUGGACGAGAUGUGCAUCACCUUUGACGGAGGGAGAACCAGGCUGAACUUUGCUGAGGCUGCACUGCUCAUCCAGGGCUCUACCUGCAUCUACAGCAAGAAGGUGGAGCUGCUCCACAGCCUGGUGUUCCAGACUCUGGAGUUCAUCAGCGACAACAAGAAGCGCAGCCGGGCGGCGGCGGCCCAGCAGGGGGCAGCAGCACCAGACCAGACGGAGCAGGAAGCUGAGGAUCUGGCCGUGUUCACUCCUCUGGAGCUGGACGAGUCUGUCACGCCCCCAAGGACGGAGCCUCACACGGUGAGUGUCUGUCCUCGAUUUGUCUCCUGUCCUCAGAAUGUCUCCUGUCCUCAGCGUGUCUUCUGUCCCCUACAGGACAUCAGUGUGGUCCCUCUGCCUCCAGAGGCCCUGCUCCCUCCUGAGACUCAGGAGAAGAACAAGCUGCCUCUCAUCAGUGUUGGGGGGAAGGUGCUGUGUAGCCAGAAGGACUUCCGUGUCAACCUGUUCCUGCCGGGACCUGAUGACCUCAUCGUCCUGAUGCUCCAAUCAGCUGCAGCCUCCAGGUUCCUGCUGGACCAAUCGGCUGCAGCUGAAUCUGCUGCAACCUUUGACCCCAGUGAAGCUGCAGGAGGCGCUGCAGAGGACUUCAUUCCUGUCCAGGAGGAACUGAACCUGGAACCGGACCUGGAGGAGCACAUUGAGCGGCAACAGGUCUCGGGUGAAGGCCGGCUGAUCCGGCGUGCUGCGGCGCGGCAGGAGGAAGAGGAGGAGCCUCCAGCUGCUGUGAGCAACUGGACCCUCCAUGACCCGUAUGCCGUCCUGGGAGGAGACCAGCCCUUCACACCAGGGAGGUGCUACCGGGUUCCUGACGGUCUGGAUGACGGGGGGAAGAGGAAGAGGAAGCGGUCGGUUCUGCAGGACUUCGGGUCCUGGUUCCGAGGAGCCUUCCAGCCCCCAGAACCCAAGCUGAAGGUCGGACCCAGCUUCCCAGACCUCAACUACCUCUACCUGAGGACGCUGAGGGACAAAGUCCGGAGACAGAGGACGCUCUGCAGGACGCUGGGCGUCGUCAUGACGGAGGAGGAGCUCCGGAGGACCUUCCUGCAGCUGGAGGAGACGGGGCCACAUCAGCUGGGGGCGGGGCCAGUGGAUGACAUCCCACCUGCUGAGCUCCUGGGCGGAGACUCGGACGCCGAGCCGGACGGCCUUCCUGCCGAGUUAAGAGGACCGGACUCCGCCUCCCCAGCAGAAGCUCAGCUGGACGACCUGACGUACGAAGAGCUGGUGAAGCUGCGUGUGGAGCAGCUGGUGGUGCACAGCCAGGGCUACACCCAGGAAUCGGCUCUGUCCCGCCGGGUCAGGGACUGGGAGGACAAGAUCCGCCCUGAGCUGGCGCUGCAGGAGGACCGACCUCCAUUCGACAUCCACGCCUACGGAGAGCGGAUCGUCGCCCAGCUGGGCGCCGUCGGCUGCAGGCGCUCCUUCGCCUCCAUGGUCCGCAGUUUGGACAACGUGGAGGCCUGCAAGCUGCUGCUGGCGUCGCUGCAGCUGGCCAACGACUACUCGGUGGAGGUGGACAGUGCUGCGGGCCUGGAGGACAGCGUGGACUCCAUGUGUCUGACGCUGCUGAGCACGCAGAGAGCCACAGACCGCUUCAAGACGCUGGCAGACUCCAGCUGAUGGGCUCGGUUCUGAGGGUUCAGCUGGACCGGCUCCUGUUUCUCUCUAAUGAAAUAAAAUAUUCACACUUUUGGCAGA